AUGGGCUCCUGCUUGAGGGUAUUCAAUCUGAGUUAUCCAAAAGGAGACAGACAUUUGGUUAAACUUGAAGCAAAAUUGAGAAGGGAAUUGGAAGAGGUGUUGAUCGACGAAGAGAUGCUUUGGUUCCAAAAAUCUCGAAUGGGUGCUAUAUGUGAUGGGGAUCAGAAUACUCUUAAAAAUGAUCAUGGGCAGUGGAUUACAGAGGAUGCAGAGGGGAAAGCAGGUCUGAUUACGGUAAAAAUUGACUUCGAAGAGGCCUAUUACCGUUUAAGAUGGUCGUUUAUCCGUGAAUCUUUAAUGAAGCUUCACCUUCCUCAACUUAUUAUAGAAGUUGUUAUGAAGUGCAUCUCUUCGAUUAAGCUUCAGAUUUUGUGGAAUAGGGAGCCUACAGAAGCAUCUUUUCCAUCUCGGGGUAUAAGGCAAGGUGACCCACUUUCUCCGUAUUUAUAUGUGAUUUGUAUGGAGAGGUUGGCCCAUUCAAUUGAAAGAGAAGUGAAGCUAGGAGUUCGGAUUCUAGUCAGAGCUAGUCGUAAUGGUCCUCCUAUCUCAAAUUUGGCUUUUGUGGACGACUUGAUUCUCUUUUCUCAUGCUUCGGUUGAACAAGCAGAAAUAAUGAUGCAUUGCCUUUCCCAAUUUUGCUGA